CAGAGCCAGUGGAGUGUGAGGCUGAGCCCCUGCUCCACGUCUUUGAUUGUAGACUGAAGACUGAGACGGGAGGUUUGACGUCAGCGCGGUGAACGUUGGUUCUCGUCCCUGCUGGUCGGGGUACGAGUAGGGAGCUGGUCUCACCUAACAGAUGUGUCUGGGACACUCCAGCCUAUUUAUUCUAUCAGUUACACAUAGAUACAGAUAAUGGAAGUAUUGGAAGGAUACGGGGUGGACAGAGUUCAGGAGAUGAGGGCUGCAGCCCAAGCUGAGGGAUACGUGAAAGAGUUCACUCGCCACUCCAACGACGUGCUGCUGAACCUGAACGAACUCCGGCACCGCAACAUCCUGACCGACACCACCCUGGUUGUCGGCAACGUUCAACUACGGGCACACUGUGCCGUGCUCGUGGCCUGCAGCGGGUUCUUCUACUCGCUGUACUCCCGCCGCGUGUUGCUUCAGGGGCGUGGUGGCAGCGGGGAGCAGCUCAUGACCGUGUCUCUCCCCACCACCUUGGAUCCAUCCAGCAUCUCCCUGCUGCUCGACUUCAUGUACACCUCCCGCCUCCCUCUGACACCCAGCACUGUCCCCGGGGUGCUCACUGUUGCAACCUACCUGCAGAUGGACCACGUGGCUGAUACCUGCCGGGAUUUCAUGCAGAGGCACUGCAGGGAGAAUAUGAGUGCAAGACACCCUCGACUGGAGCUGGACUCCAGGGUGUCUGUGGCCUCUGUAGCGCCCAGUCCAGGACCCCAGAGAUCACUCCCACCAGUGGUGACAACAAGGGUCCCUGCGGAAGCCUCUCUCAAGCCAGGGGCUUUCCCGACCUGCCAGUCUGGGUCAAAGGAGCUCAAAGGAGAGCCUGAGUCGCCCCUCAUGGCCACCCCGACUCCAUCUCCAGACAGCCCCGCCCGCUCCAGCUGCCAACCAAACUCUCCAGCAGAAUCCAACACCUGCAACAAAAACCUUGUGAGUGAUAUCAAAACCACACCGGACCCGAAGGCCUGCAAUUGGAAAAAAUACAAGUACAUUGUCCUCAACCCUCUCUGUGCAGCCACUACGGUGAAGGAAGAGGAGAUGGAGGAACCACAAAGUCACACAUCACCCGACAGGAUGGGCUCGACACCCAAAGCAACAGAGGCGUGGCCUGGAGAAGUGCCUGGUCAGAUUGAUAGACAGGGGCAGGCCUCCUGCUACGAGGUUUCUGGCCGAGCCCCUCCCCUCGGGCCACCUUCCUCUGUGGAUCACCCAACAGCACCUCCCAUUCACAAGGAGGGAGCAGUCUCACCCUGCACCAUUUUCCCAAACCUGCACCCCACUGAUCCGGAAGCGGCCCAACAUGUCAUCAAACGUGAGAACUACUACGUGCCUUACUGUUAUUCUGGCAACCUUCAAGGAACCAAGACUGUCUGCUCAGGUGACAAGCCGUACCGCUGCAACGUGUGCGGCGCCCAGUUCAACCGACCAGCCAACCUGAAGACUCACUCUCGCAUCCACUCUGGAGAGAAGCCGUACCGCUGUGACACCUGUGGCGCACGAUUUGUUCAGGUUGCCCAUCUGAGGGCCCACGUUCUGAUCCAUACCGGGGAGAAACCGUACCCCUGUCACACCUGUGGCACCCGCUUCCGCCACCUGCAGACCCUGAAGAGCCAUCUGCGUAUUCACACGGGGGAGAAGCCUUACACUUGUGAGAAGUGUGACCUGCACUUCCGCCACAAGAGUCAGCUGCGUCUUCACCUGCGCCAGAAACAUGGGGCCGUCACCAACACCAAGAUCCGCUACAAGGUCCUGACCGAGCCCUACCAGCCUAUUCUGCAGGCCUGCUGAAGACGUCUGACCUUCGACCCGUUCAUCACAUCGGUCAAAAUAACAUCUGAAUCACACGGUUAUAUUAGACAUCACGAGAAAAAGUUAGAAUGGAUUCCAUUUGGAAAAGGAGACAUUUAUGAAUAACUUUUAAAGAUGUUGGAUGAGUUUUGGAGCUUGGAGCUAAUUAUCAGUAUGAAUCAAUACGAUUCUUUAGAAGUCCUGGGUGGCUUUUCGGAGAUGGAGAUGAAGAUGGUGUUGUGAAAAAGUGUUUUGAUGGUUUGUGAAGGGAUGAAAAGAAAGGAAUGAGACAUGGAAAGAAAGACAAAACAUGUUGGCAUGUGUGUACACUGGAUUUUGAGGACGUUUGUGAAAGGUUUGAGCGAAAGAUAAAGCAAGUUUGACGAAGGAGAGGAGGUGAAUUUUGAAGUAAAUUAAAUUUGGCUGGAAAUUUUCUACAUAAAUGUGUAUUUAACUCAGAUUUAUUUUAAUCUUGAGGCCUGGAGCCUGCAAAAACAAAGUAUGCAGUGAUAUUUGAUUUUAUAGUCCGAGCAGGCAAAGGACUUCUUGUACUGAGUGUUAAGUAUAAGAAAAAAUGAUAUAUUGUUUUCUGACAUGGACAAUUUACAUGCAAUUGGAUACGUAAUAAUAAUAUUACAGGUGUAUUUGUAUGAGUUAAUUUGCUGGACAAAGAUGGUUUUGUACAAUCUAAAUUAAAUCAUUUUUACAUGAAUUGGA